AAACCGUGUUCGUGUUUCUAUGGAGAUUAGAGGGAGUUUGUUUCCUAUCGUGUUACUUUCCAAGUGACAGUCAACAAUUUUUUUUGAUAAUUGUUGCUUGUUUCUUAUCGAUAUUGUUGUCAGUGGCAAAUUGUAACGAUCUUUUAAAAAAAGCGCACUUCAACUAAAUGUAUAAUUUAAUUUAAUUUAAUUUAAUUUAAUUUAAUUAUUAAUUAGGCUAACCGUGUGAGUUGUGGUUUUUAUUUCAUACGAGAAAUAGCACGUCUUGAAAUGCACAGGUUACAACGCGUUGAAAAAUCGCCAAGAAGUCAAUCAACUAUGGUUUCAGGACAGCUUGAGGUUUUGGGUCCAGAAGAUGGGAUCAUUGUGGAAACAUUCGGAAUACGAUCAAGGCAACAUUCCUCUGAAGAGGCAUCCUGUUUAAACACGGCAUCUGUAAAUGGGAAAUUACAAGUUCUUGAACCUGGAGAAGCUGUAGCAGUUGAGCCAGUUGAAAUGUCACGACCUGGCAGUACUGGAUCCAGACAAAGUUCAGCAGGCAGGAGAAGUUUCACACCAACUAAGCAAAUAUCAUUAAGUGCAGCAAAAGCUAGUUCAGAAAGGAAUGGAAAAUAUCCAGAUAUUCCCAGAACCAAAAAGCCAGUUGUGGCGAUGGGCACCAACACAAAACCACUAGAGAGUCGCCCUGAAAAUAUAAGUGUCAUUACUGUUACCGAGCUUCACUCGGACAAAAGACGUCCAAAUGCUGUGGAAAAGAUGUGUGCAGUCACGAAAAAGCAGCACAUUGAACCAGAGCUUAACGAUGACAUAGACACUAAGGAACACGAGGGGGCAGUUACCAUUCAGUCUCCCAUCAAUAUUCCAUCAUCACAUUCACUGCAGAAUGUCAACUGGAAUUCCAACAAGCCUGGAGAAAGUUCAGAGGGGGAGGGUAAUGACAGUGAAGACGAGGCACAGAGUGAGGAUGAAGAAAACAAAGCACCCAUACAGCUGCUUGGAGAGUUCCUGCAAUCAAUAAUGGAGCAGAAUUAUACCCUAGCAAGCAAACUUUGUCAGAUGAUUCUUAUUUAUGAACCCGAUAACCCAGAGGCCAAACAAUUUAUUCCCCUUAUUGAAGAGAAGCUGCUGAUAGAAGCAGCAGAUGAACAGAAUGAGGGAGAUGAAGGAACCGACAGCAGUGAUGAAGACAGCGAGGAUGAGAGCAGUGACGAGAGUGGCAGCAGUGAAAGUGAAGGCAGCUCUCAAGAAGAAACUGACAGUUUUUCUGAAGAAGAAAAAGAAAAUAUCUAAAAGAAAAAAAUAUUAGAAAUGAUUUGAUAUAAUAUUUGUAUAUUUUAUAUGAAAUAUAUAAAAGUAUUCCAUCAUAGAACCCCUUGAUGAAAUUAUUUUGUAAUAUUACAUGGACUUUGCACUAAUAAAAAUAAGAAUGACAAGUAUCUCAUUGAGAAGAGAAUGUGUACACAUUUGGCACCAAAAGUGGUGCUGGUAGUUAGUACUUUGAUGCAUUUUGACACAUAGAACGAUGUUAAUCAAACCAAACUGGCACUGGGCUACCCCCCUUGUACAAUAACGGCAUGGUGUCUUCAAAACUCUAGAAGAACUUUCUACUCUGGAUGCCAAAAGUCGUUGUAAACAUAGCCAUUUAUUGAAAUUAUUUUGAAAUUUUUAGUUAUUGUUGAAAAUGUUUAAGCAUACAUUUACCUUAAACAUGACAAUUCAGGACUUGUCCCUUAUAACGAAGUACCAAUCAUUUUGCCUAUUU